AUGGCAUUUGACUUGCAGAACAUCAACGCAAACCCCAUAAGGUGGUACCAUGGGAGCCUGGACUUGAAUACGUCAGCAGAUGCUGCCAAAGCUACUGCAGAUUUGGUCAAUCUUCGUAAGACGAACAUCGAGUUCCUCGAGGUUCCCGGUCUUGACCACAUUACUCUGCAAACCAAAAUGGCAUGGGAAGCUAUAGGAUGGUUGCAGAAGUGA